UUUUGAUGCAUUUCUACAAAGAUUGUGAUGUACUUCCUUCUUUCCUGUGCUAUCCUCGACAUUUCUGGUUGCAUGGGAGCGUGAACUAUUAGGAUUGCAACGUUUUAAUAAAUAUUUUAAUUCUAUAAUAUUCGAGAAGUAAUUGUUUUGAAAAUUAAAAUAAAAUGACUGCUAUUCCGGGAACUGUGGCGUUUGAUGAAUAUGGUCGACCAUUUAUCAUCUUAAGAGACCAAGAGAAACAAAAACGAUUAACCGGUAUCGAUGCAAUUAAGUCGCAUAUAUUAGCAGCUCGUAAUGUGGCCAAUACUCUUAGAACAUCUUUGGGUCCAAAAGGUUUGGAUAAGUUGAUGGUAAGCUCGGAUGGAGAUGUUACCGUUACCAAUGAUGGAGCUACAAUUUUGAAGAAUAUGGAUGUAGACCAUGAAGUUGCAAAGUUAAUGGUCCAAUUGUCUCAAUCUCAAGACGAUGAGAUUGGAGAUGGUACCACUGGAGUAGUUGUAUUAGCAGGUGCUUUGUUAGAACAAGCUGAACAAUUAUUAGAUAAAGGAAUACAUCCGAUAAGAAUAGCGGAUGGAUUUGAAAUGGCUGCUAAAUGUGCAACUGAUCAUCUUAAAACAAUUACGCACAAGUUUCCAGAUAGUGUAGAAAAUUUAGAACCUUACAUCAAGAUUGCUAUGACAUCUCUGGGCUCUAAAAUUAUCAAUAAAUGCCAUAGACAAAUGGCAGAAAUUGCAGUGAAUGCCGUAUUAGCUGUCUAUGAUCAUGUUACAUGGGACGUUAACUUUGAAUUAAUCAAAAUAGAAGGAAAAGUUGGUGGUAGAUUAGAAGAUACUGUAUUAGUACGUGGUGUAGUUAUUGACAAAGAUUUCAGUCAUCCUCAGAUGCCGAAGAGGUUAGAAAAUGUCAAAUUAGCAAUCUUAACUUGUCCCUUUGAACCACCAAAACCCAAGACAAAACAUAAGCUUGACGUCACUUCGGUAGAAGACUAUAGAGCAUUGCGCGAAUAUGAAAGAGAGAAAUUUACAGAAAUGGUAAAAUUGGUUAAGGAUGCUGGCACAACUCUUGCCAUUUGUCAAUGGGGAUUUGACGAUGAAGCAAAUCAUCUUCUUUUACAAAAUGAUUUACCAGCAGUUAGAUGGGUUGGCGGUCCAGAAAUAGAAUUAAUUGCUAUUGCAACGGGUGGUCGUAUCGUACCAAGAUUCGAGGAAUUAACACCAGAGAAACUUGGUUAUGCAGGUGUUGUCAGGGAAUUAUCUUUUGGUACCACCAAAGACAAAAUGCUCGUUAUUGAGGAAUGUAAAAAUUCUCGUGCAGUGACUAUCUUUAUACGUGGAGGUAAUAAGAUGAUUAUCGAAGAAGCUAAACGUGCCAUUCACGAUGCAUUGUGCACGGUACGCAACGUAUUAAAUACCAAAGAUAAAAAGAUUUUGUACGGCGGUGGUGCAGCAGAAAUUUCGUGUGCAUUGGCAUGUGCAGCACAAGCCGAUAAAAUAAGUACUUUAGAGCAAUAUGCAUUCCGUGCAUUUGCCGAGGCCUUGGAAGCUGUUCCAAUGGCAUUGGCAGAAAAUUCAGGUCUUUCCCCGGUAGAUGCUCUUGCAGAGAUAAAGGCACGACAAUUAACAGAAGAUAAUCCAUCAUUGGGAAUUGAUUGUUUAAAUCGCGGAACCGCAGAUAUGAAAGUGCAAAAUGUUAUUGAAACAUUAGCAAGUAAAACUCAACAAAUUUGUUUGGCGACUCAAUUGGUAAAAAUGAUAUUGAAGAUCGACGACGUACGCUCACCAAAUGAUGCCGGUGAUGCAGCCUAAAUUAUUUUUACUUGUUGAGUGUAUUAAUACUGUUUCUAUGUAUUCGUAUUUCAUAUUUCUUUCGCAAUCACGACAUAACAAAAUGUUAAUUUAUAUGAUAAUAAAAAAUUGCAAUACUA